CCCAUAAAUAAAAAUAAUCACACAAAUUCUACGUCCCAGAAUUUGACCCUUCUUCAAAAGAAGAAAAAUUGGAAGGAGGACUGCUGCCACCUAGUUUCUCUCUCUAACUGCAAAUUCUUCUCAAUCGUUUCGGCCUUCCUGAUUUCUUUCUUUUCUGUGUCCGCCUCUGUUUCUUCCCUCUUCGGAAGAAGAGGGAAAAGAAGGGAAGAGAGAGAAAGUGAAGGGAAUGGAGAGCACAGCGGCGUGGCAAGGAGUAACCCUUUGUGGAAUUGUUUCUUGGAUUUUGAUUUCUUCAUAUUUCAAUCUGACCCAGAAGCUUAGAUCUGUGCUUCAACCUCUGAUCACUCACCAUGUCGUUACUGGCACCCAUCUCAUCUUGAAGAUCCAGAAAUAUCAGCAUAGUAUCUGGGAUGCUGUUUUCUCUGGGUUGUCCUGCAUUGUUUCUGUGCCUUUUUACACUGCGUUUCUACCUUUACUCUUCUGGACUGGACAUGGCAAAUUGGCUAGGCAGAUGACCCUUCUGACGGCGUUCUGUGAUUACUUAGGGAACUGUUUAAAGGAUGUGAUAUCAGCUCCUAGACCCAGUUGCCCUCCAGUUAGGAGGGUAACUGCUACAAAAGAUGAGGAAGAAAAUGCAAUGGAAUAUGGAUUGCCUUCUUCACAUACCCUUAAUACUGUUUGCUUAUCAGGAUAUCUACUGCAUUACGUCCUAUCUUAUUCCCAAAAUGAAAGCAUAUCCAGGGCGGUUGCUGGAAUUAUCUUUGUUUGUGUGCUUGUGGGCCUUAUUGGUCUAGCAAUUUCUUUUGCAGGAAGAAUUUACCUUGGCAUGCACAGUUUUGUCGACAUCAUAGGUGGUCUUGCCCUUGGAUUAAUGAUCCUUGCAUCUUGGCUCACAGUACACAAUUAUGUUGACAAUUUCAUAAUCUCUGGAAAAAAUGUUACAUCCUUUUGGGCAAUUCUGAGUUUCAUGCUGCUCUUUGCUUAUCCUACUCCUGAGCUUCCAACUCCAAGCUUUGAGUACCACACAGCAUUCAAUGGUGUUGCAUUGGGAAUUGUGUCCGGGAUCCAGCUAACAUACCACCAGUUUCACCAUGAAGCAGUUCCGCGUAUUUUUACUCCACAACUGACAAUACCUGCCUUUUUGGGGAGAGUACUUGUUGGGAUACCAACAAUACUCAUUGUGAAGUUCUGCAGCAAAUCUCUCGCAAAAUGGAUUCUUCCUAUCGUAGCGAAUACCUUGGGCAUCCCAAUAAAAUCGUCAGGUUAUAUCCCCAUGCUUAAGGAACCCGUUACUGGAAAAAGAUCAAAUGAAAUAAAGCAAUCAAAUUAUCUCCAGAAUCUGUUUGUGUACUGCAACCAGGAUUCAUUUGAUGUUGAUACAGGUAUUAGAUUUGUCCAAUACGCAGGUCUUGCAUGGUCAGUGGUUGAUCUGGUCCCUUCUCUUUUCUCUCAUCUGAGUUUAUAAUGUUCGGAAUGUAUCAACAAAUUUCAGGUGGAAUGUACUAUGUUUAUCAUGUAGACAUAUAUUCUCGAUUAAUGAAGCAUAAUCAUUUUUUUUUCCUA